AUGGCCGAGAUCGCUGUGAAUGCCGUCCUCACUGUAGCAGACAUGGAGCGCAGAGAUGUGGACUUUGAGCUUAUCAAAGUAGAAGGCAAAGUGGGUGGCAGGCUGGAGGACACUAAGCUGAUUAAGGGCGUGAUCAUGGACAAGGAUUUCAGUCACCCGCAGAUGCCGAAAAAAAUGGAAGAUGCUAAGAUUACAAUUCUCAUAUGUCCGUUCGAACCACCCAAACCAAAAACGAAGCAUAAGCUGGAUGUGACCUCUGUAGAAGAUUAUAAAGCCCUUCAGAAAUAUGAAAAGGAGAAAUUUGAAGAGAUGAGUCAACAGAUUAAGGAGACUGGUGCUAACCUAGCAAUUUGUCAGUGGGGCUUUGAUGAUGAAGCAAAUCACUUACUUCUUCAGAACAACUUGCCUGCAGUGCGCUGGGUAGGAGGACCUGAAAUUGAGCUGAUUGCCAUUGCAACAGGAGGGCGGAUUGUCCCCAGGUUCUCAGAGCUCACAGCCGAGAAGUUGGGCUUUGCUGGUCUUGUACAGGAGAUCUCAUUUGGAACGACUAAAGAUAAAAUGCUGGUCAUCGAGCAGUGUAAGAACUCCAGAGCUGUAACCAUUUUUAUUAGAGGAGGAAAUAAGAUGAUCAUGGAGGAGGCGAAACAAUCCCUUCACGAUGCUCUGUGUGUCAUCUGGAACCUCAUCCGUGAUAAUCGUGUGGUGUAUGGAGGGGCUGCUGAGAUAUCCUGUGCCCUGGCAGUUAGCCAAGAGGCAGAUAAGUGCCCCACCUUAGAACAGUAUGCCAUGAGAGCGUUUGCUGAUGCACUGCAGGUCAUCCCCAUGGCCCUUUCUGAAAACAGUGGCAUGAAUCCCAUCCAGACUAUGACCGAAGUCCGAGCCAGACAAGUGAAGGAGAUGAACCCUGUUCUUGGCAUCGACUGUUUGCACAGGGGGACAAAUGAUAUGAAGCAACAGCAUGUCAUAGAAACCUUGAUUGGCAAAAAGCAACAAAUAUCUCUUGUGACACAAAUGGUUAGAAUGAUUUUGAAGAUUGAUGACAUUCGUAAGCCUGGAGAAUCUGAAGAAGGAAGACAUGGAGAUACUGUGUAAUACGAUCUACUGUGAUUAAAUAAAUGGGUGUCUUACGAUUCGUCUACAGUUAUUUAUUACAGCCUUUUUCAGGCAUUGUAGAUGCUAUAAUAAAAAGAGCUGUUUGGUAACCGUAGUUUCAGUUGUUCAAAAAUGUGUAAUUGUGGGGGUACUAUCUCAACAUGUUUUUGUAUUCGUUGUAUUAAAGGAAUCUCUUUAAACAAC